CCUGCAUCCUGCCAAAUGUUAGGAAUUAUUCUAACAACAGUUUUUGACCUUAGAGUAAUUUCUUUCAAUUCUUAAGAUUUGGUUUCAGUACUAAGCAAAAAAAAAAAAAAAAAAAAAAAAACAAGUAGUUUCACACUUGAGCUGCAGCAGGAAGAUGCAAUCACGGAUGUGGGUUCCAGUACACUGUUGUACAGGAGAACAGCACUGGUGGCAGAACUCUCCGCCAUGAAUCCAGAAGAGCAGAUUGUGACGUGGCUUAUUUCACUAGGAGUCUUAAAUUCCCCUAAGAAAAUAGUAGAUGAUCCGGAGGGGUUCCUGAAAACUUCUCUAAAAGAUGGAACUGUGCUCUGCAAACUCAUUAAUCGGCUUCUUCCGGGAUCUGCAGAAAAGUAUUGCCUGGAGCCUAAAAAUGAAGCUGAUUGCAUCAGUAAUAUUCAAGAGUUCUUGAAAGGCUGCGCACUUCUGAAAGUGGAGGUGUUUGAUCCACAUGAUUUGUACACAGGAGAUCAGUUCUCCAAGGUCCUGAGCACAUUAACAGCUGUAAAUAAAGCUACUGAAGAUCAGCUGUCAAAAGGGCCAUGUUCACAUCUGUCCUCUCUUAACUGCGUGGCUGGAGACCCCCCGAGUGAGUCGAGCGGCACAGCUUUCCAGGCAGCACGGCUGUUCCAGAGGCAGUCCAAGCCUGUGGAGAUGACCGAGAAUGGCAGUCAUCAGCUGGUGGUAAAGGCCAGGUUCAAUUUUAAGCAGACCAAUGAAGAUGAACUCUCUGUUAACAAAGGAGACAUUAUUUAUGUCACCCGAGUUGAAGAAGGGGGCUGGUGGGAAGGCACCUUGAAUGGAAAAACAGGCUGGUUCCCAAGCAACUACGUCAGAGAAAUCAAAUCUACCGAUAAACCACUCUCACCCAAAGCAUUAAAAGGGCUAGAAAACACUCAGCUGACAAAGAAUUAUUACCCUGCGGUGUUGCAAAAUAUUCUGGAAACAGAACGAGAUUAUGCAAAGGAACUACAGUCACUUCUGGGAACUUACUUAAGACCCCUCCAGUCUUAUGAUAAGCUCAGUGCCGGGGACAUUGCGGCAUUGCUGGGAAACAUGGAAGAAAUCUCUGCUUUUCAGCAAACACUGAACCAAGCCUUGGAAGAAGUUGCAAAGCUCCCUGAGAACCAGCAGCGUGUGGGAGGCUGUUUCGUGAACCUGAUGCCCCAGUUCCGCUCCCUGUACCUGACGUACUGUGCUAACCACCCUUCAGCAGUGAAUGUCCUCACACAGCACAGUGAUGAGCUGGAGAAGUUCAUGGAGAGCCAGGGUGCGGCCAGCCCAGGCAUUCUCAUCCUGACCACAAGCCUCAGCAAACCCUUCCUGAGGCUGGAUAAAUACGUGACACUGCUGCAGGAGCUGGAGCGGCACAUGGAGGAGGCGCAUGCAGAUCAUGAAGAUGUUUUGAAAGCAGUCACAUCCUUCAAGUCCCUUGUGUCGCAAUGCCAGGAGCUGAGGAAGAGGAAACAACUUGAGCUGCAAAUCCUUUCUGAAUCUAUCCAGCGCUGGGAAGGAGAGGACAUAAAAAUGAUGGGAAAUGUCAUCUACAUGUCCCAGGUUAUGGUGCAGUCUGGGGGAAGUGAGGAGAAAGAGGAGCGGUAUUUCUUGUUAUUUUCCAAUGUUUUGCUGAUGCUGUCUGCAAGCCCACGGAUGAGUGGAUUCAUCUAUCAGGGAAAGCUGCCUCUGACAGGAAUGACACUGACAAAGCUGGAAGAUGCCGAAGGGAAUGAGCACAUGUUUGAAAUCACAGGGAACGUGAUGGAGCGGAUCACUGUGUACUGCAGCAGCAGCCAGGACUUGCAUGAAUGGCUUGACCACUUGCAAAGGCUCACCAAAGGGACUUGCAGCACCAUCUCCAAAACACAGUCCUGGAGCCCUCACUCGACAUUUAGUUCAGCUGGGCAGAUCCGUGGGCCUCUGGAACCCCCCAAAAUCCUCAAGCCCUGGAGCUUGAGCUGCCUCCGUCCUGCUCCUCCACUCAGACCAUCAGCAGCACUGAGUUACAAAGAGAGGCUGUCUUAUAUCUUAAAGGAUUGCAGCAAAAGUCCAAAAACAAUGAAGAAGUUUCUUCCAAAAAGGAAAACUGAGAGAAAACCAUCUGAUGAAGAGUUUGUUAUUCGGAAAAGUACUGCUGCGCUGGAGGAGGAUGCUCAGAUCCUGAGGGUGAUUGAAGCAUACUGUACUGGGGCAGGCUUCCAGCAAGCUCUCAGCUCAGGCUCUCGUAAAGACUCCAUCCCUCAAGUCCUUCUUCCUGAGGAAGAGAAAAUCAUCAUAGAGGAAACACAAAGCAAUGGCCAGACAGUCACGGAGGAAAAAAGCCUUGUUGACACAGUUUAUGCACUGAAAGAUGAAGUCAAAGAGCUGAAGCAGGAAAACAAAAGGAUGAAACAGUGUUUGGAGGAAGAGCUUAAAUCCAGGAAGGACUUGGAGAAGCUGGUGAGAAGGCUGCUGAAGCAGACAGAUGAGUGUGGCAGGGAGGACGUAGGGCGCAAAUCAUCCCUGAUCGCCUAAAUUCAUGGAGAAGCUGCUGGCAGUGGUGUGUGACCUCAGGUGUAUUUUUGGGAAGUGGAACUGGAUCCUUUGCCUCUUCUUGCUCCUUAUUUUGUUGGUUAGGGGUAUUUUGUUACCAAAAAAAGAGAGAAAAAAAAAAAGAGAAAAAGAAAAAAUUGGUUUUCUUCCAUCCAGUAAGGAAAUAAAGCAGAAACAAUCAAUCACAACUGAACCAGUAAGCAAGUGGUCCAUGAUUCACAAUUCAUCUGCAGCAAAUAAUACCUCAUUGUACCUGCUACUGGGAGCAAAUACAAACUCUGCUGGUGAUUGUUGCUCACAAAAGCUUGGUCAGCAGUUUCCUAGAAGAAGCUUAAGCACUUUUUAAUGCUUUCAUUCUUUCCAAAAGCACUAGUACCUAUUUAUUGAAUGAAAACAUUACUGAGGUGGCAUUGAGCAGAAACCAAAAAAGCACCAUGCUUCUCUUUUCAGAUAGUCACAACUGGGGAAGCUUUUCCCAUCCAUCAUCUUUUUCCUUAUUAGUUGACUGUAGCGAAUUUGAGCCCAGCAAUACUGUGGUUCCUGUGGCCUUGAUACUGAUUAAAAUGUGCAAUUAACAUGAA